AUGACGACAAUGCAAUUCCAGGUCAAUGACCAUGUUCAAACACAUGCUAGUCCAAAGGGGAGUUUGUCUGGCCAGUGUGUUCACAUCUUCCACUGUAGUGCCUUCAAGUUAGCGUGGCUGAGGAGGAGAGGACGUACUGUAGCCACCUCCCAUCUGAGCAUAAGCAUGUGGCGGCUGCAGCUGUUGUGUGUCCUGGUGAACCUGAGGGCUGCUUUCACUCUGCCACCUUCAGCGGCACCUCUGGUCCCAGACAAACCUUUUGUGGUGAUAUGGAAUGCGCCCACUCACAAAUGCAAACAGUCUGCCACCCCUUUAGACAUGUCAGCAAUGCAGGCAGACACGACACCAGCUGCUGUGCCUAAUCAGUUCCUGACUCUGUUUUACAAGAACCGCAUGGGGCUCUACCCAUACACAGACCUGAGGAGCUCACAGGAGCAUAACGGAGGCUUUCCUCCAAAGGGAAACCUCACAGCUCACUUAGUGAAGGCACAAGCAGACAUCACAAAACACAUUCCUGAGCUGUCAUCUGGCCUGGCGGUGAUUGACUGGGAGGAGUGGUUACCUCUUUUUGACAGAAAUCUAGACGUAAAGGAAUUCUACCGCAAGCUCUCCUUUAAUUAUACAGUCAACUUGAACCCCUCGCUUUCCUCAGAUCAAGUUGUUAUAGAGGCAAAACAACAGUUCCAGAAGGCAGCCAGGAGUUACAUGGAAGAAACUCUAAGCCUUGGCGCCAAGGAGCGGCCAUUAUACAGAUGGGGGUUUUAUCUGUUUCCAGAUUGCUACAACUAUAACGCAUCAGAAGCAGGCUACACAGGGAGAUGCUCUGACACGACAAAGCAGCUGAAUGAUGAGCUUCUGUGGCUGUGGAACACCAGCACAGCCCUCUUCCCCUCGGCCUACCUGUGGUCAGCCCUCAGCGGAGACCACAAGGCCGCUCAGUUUGUCCGUAACCAGGUGCAGGAGGCCAUGCGGGUGUCAGCUCUGCCCAAGCGUCCACACACAGCACCCGUCUACGUCUACUCUCGGCCUGUCUUCGGGGACCAGAACAACCUCUACCUCAGUGAGACGGACCUGAUGAGGAGUAUUGGGGAGAGUGCAGCCCUGGGAGCAUCAGGAGCAGUGCUGUGGGGCUCCAGUGUUGACUUCGCCAGCAAGGCGGCGUGUGAGGCCCUGUCUGUAUACCUGAGCGGCACGCUGAACCCGUACAUAGCCAACGUCACUGGCGCCACCAGGCUGUGCAGCCACAUGCUCUGUGAGGGCAAAGGCCGAUGUGUGCGAAAGAACUACGACUCGGAUGACUACCUACAUCUCGACCCCCAGAGCUUCCGCAUCGAGAAAAGGGAUGGGAGAUACCAGAGCGCUGGCGUACCAUCGCUCAGUGAACUCACAGCCUUUGCUGACCAGUUCACCUGUCAGUGUUACGCAGGCCAGCAGUGCUCAGUCCAGACGGCUUUCCACAUCCCCAAGACUGAGUUGAUCUUUCAGGUGUAGUCUACCUCACAAACGGCACCAAAGAACAAUCCUGGAGAAUACUUGUGUGUGAAUUUGCCAUCAACAUGCUGUUUACAUUUUCCAUACAUAAAAGUCUAUCAAUCUCAAUGUGCUUUCCUGCCAAUCUGUUUCUAGUGUUGUGUCAAGGAAAGCAAUAUCCGCUCCUAUGAAGCUCACAAGGGCACAAGAGAGAAUGUGGUUUAUUGUAGAAUAUGAAUUAUUAGGAAUAUGAAUUAUUACAAGACUAUGGAUAUAUUACUGUCAUACGAUAUAAUUACAUAUAAAACAAGAUGGCAUUUCUCAAAUGGUUUGUUUUUGUGGUUAGAUGCAACAGGGUGUGCUGUGCUCCCCUUUCUCCCUUUUUGGAGAGCCUCCCGGAGAGAUGUGUCACAAUGCAGAAAAACAACUUUAGGCUGACACUUCUUUGUGC